CAUCAUUCUCCUAUGUUCUCUCUUCCCAAUAUUUUUUCCUUCAUUUGUUUCAAAACUAAACCAAAAACAAGUUUCGUUUUAUCUUUGUGUUUUGGAUUUUGCAUGCAUACCAAAUUUUAUCAAAACAAGAGAUGUUUGUUAACAAAGUUUUAUUCUUCUGGUCUUGAAACCAAAGCUUACAACAAUAAACAACUCACUCAGUGCCUUAUAGGUCUGAUCUUUGCCUGCAGGAAGAUUUACAAUUCAGUUUCAAUUUCUGAGGACAAAAGUGUCAAUGGCUUCAUCUUUGGAAGAGCUUCUUGCAGAGGAAGGUUUCAAAGGAAGAAGAAGUGUACAAAGGUCAAGAUCUUCUUUCCACCAUGGUGCUUCAAGUGAUCCACUUCACUCCUUAGAAGACAGACUUUGUGUAUCAUCAAGUGAAAGAAUCAAAACAAAUAAAUCUAAUAAGUCUAAAACAGCCUCAAGAUAUCAGAUUAACAAUACAACCAAUAACAACGUGAGAUCAAAGGCUAACAUUUUCAUAGGAAACAAGAUAAAUCAUGAAUUGUCGAAGAAUGACGAAACUGAGAAGAACAAGUCUUAUAAUAAUUCAUCAGAGUACAUGUCAAUGCCAAGGUAUGAAGAUAUUGAUAGUGAUGUUGAAAAUGUUACAAGAGGCAAAGACAAGUAUUUCAAUGAAGUUGUGGAGAAGCCAAUCAAGGAUUCAUAUAUGCUUAAAAACUUGAGUGAAAAUAGAAAGAAUAUAAAACACAAGGAAAAAUCAGACACUAUAUCUAAUAGUAAUACUAACAGCAAAAAAAACCAUGAUGCUAUUAUGCAGUUGCAACAAGAUGCUUCUUCAAGUCUUGCUCUUGAUGAAGUUGCUGUUAAAGCACUAGUUUCCAUUUUGAAUAGAUACAUAGAAAGUUUUCUAAAGGACGAAGAUUUUCGGGCUGCCAUGCGCCACGAUUGUUUCUCCUCCUUGAAUUUCAUUCAAUUGGAGGAAGAAAAUAGUUCUGAGACCAAAGUGAUUACAAGUCUUGAACAAGCAAUUGAGUGCAUAGAACAAAAAGCUGAUUCUGAGGAACCUGUAUCUGCGAAAAAUCUGAAAAGAGCAACAAUGCAGCUUAGCAUUAUAACUGGUUUGAGUUUGAAUGAUCUUAAGUACGAUUUUACGUGCGGGAUACCUAAUUUCAAGUUGUCGGCUUGCGCUCAUCUUUACCUCAGUGUUGUAUAUUUGAUGCAAAAGAAAAAGAAAGUUUCGGCGAAGCAUCUGUUGCAAGUCUUCUGCGAUUCGCCUUUUCAGGCGCGGACGAUAUUGUUGCCUGAACUUUGGGAGCAUUUAUUUUAUCCACAACUUUGUCAUUUGAAGGAAUGGUAUAACAACAAGGAAGCUGAAAUUGUUGAUACAAGAAAGCUAAAAUUUCUUCAAAAAGUGUAUAAUGAACAUUUGGAUUCAGGAACUCAAAUCUUUGCUGUAUAUUACAAAGAUUGGCUUAUUGAAGGAGUUGAAACUCCAACUAUUCCUUCUAUUGGAUUUCCAUCAUUUUCUGUUACUAGUCCUUCUUCAGAAUCUUCUGAAACAUUUUCACCACAGGCAAUGGUAAGCAAGAAACUAUAUGAUUCUUUCUUUGGUAAAUAUAGUAAACCUGAAAUCUAUGAAGUUGAUGAUGAUGAUGAUGGUGAUAAGGAUGAAGGUAGCUUUGAAAAUUGCGAGAGAGGAUCUUAUGGUUCGACCUUCGUUAAAAAGACGUUAAUAUAUGAAUCCGAAACUGUUAAAUUUAGUGAUCAAAGUACUGAAGAUUUCACUCCAAGUGUAUCAGUUCAUGCAUUCUAUCCUCAGAAAGGAACAUCUAGGAUAGCUGCAGAAGAAUGGAAAGAGAGGAAUUCCAUAAAUGCCCCUCGAAAGUAUUUCUCCUUAGAAGCUAAUUUAAACAGUCACAUAGGCGAUGCUCUACCACAUGAAAAAGCAAAUGAAAUUUCUCUCAGAAAGCCAAAUAAGAUAAGCUCUAUUCUUGAAGGAUCAUAUUUUCCAAGCAUACCACAGGAAUUCAUUUGUCCUCUCACUAAAAAUAUCUUUGAAGAACCAGUCACACUAGAGUCUGGUCAAACUUAUGAAAGAAAAUCCAUCAAGGCAUGGUUUGAAAAGGGAAACAAAACAUGUCCAGUAACAGAAAACACUUUAGAAUGUGUAGUCAUUCCAUGUACCAACCUUCUUUUGAAGCGUUUGAUCGAUAACUGGAAGUCAGAAGAUUUCAACCGCCUUCUUGAUUUCGCCUCACAAACAGUGGAAUAUUCAAAGGAACUUAAGUUGAAAAAGAGAGAUGAGGCUGCGGUGUUCAUGUUACAAGGUCUUUUCUCAUCCUUGAAAGAUGGUGACAAAUCAACUUAUGCUAAGCAUCUCAUCUCUUUAGGAGUUCUUUCAUUUCUCUUUAGGAGAUUUGAAUUUGGAAAUCUGGAAGAAAAAUCACAUGUGCUGGAGCUCUUGUUAAAUUGUAUUGAAGAAGACUCUAGUUGCAUAUAUAAGAUAGCAAGAAGUGUCAAUAGAAAAUGUUUUCUUGAGCUUCUUCACAGCAAGGAGGUUACCCCAACAACAAAUGCAAUACUAUUACUUACUGAACUUUUGUCAAUUAAGAGGAGAAAGGAUUUUAGUUCUUUCAUAAGUGGCUUGAUGGGUGAAAAUGUAUUUAGUACAAUGCAUAUUCUGCUCAUGUAUCUCAAGAAUUCUUCUCCAAUUGAAAAGCCUCUCAUUGCUGUCCUCUUAUUACACUUUGAUCUACUGGUUGAGCAGCCUCAAAAGUUUAGAAUAUAUAGAGAAAUGGCUGUGAAUGCCAUUGCAGAGGCACUUGAUGGCAGCUUAAAUGACGAAAAGAUCCGAAAGAAGUGUUGCAGAGCUCUUUUAAUCUUGUGUGGCCAUUUUUCUUCCACUGGAAUGAUAACAACAAGGACUAGCAUCUUAAAGCAAGCAGGUUAUAAUAAUGGUAGCUCAGAAUUGAAAUAUCCUGGCCAUGAUGAUGAUGAGGAUCAACAGUUAGAUAUAACCAUUUCACUGGAAGAUGAAGAAGAAAGAGAUGAAGAGUUCCUAAUGAAGUUGUUAGAAUCAUUGAUUGGGGAUGGAGAAAGUCCAUUUUUGAAGACCAUAUCUAGAUGUUUAGAUUGUAGACAUGUAGAUUUGGUGAGGGCUUGUCUAAUAACUGUAACAUGGUUGAGUUCAUCACUUUCUAAACUAUUUCAUGCUGGAUUGCACCUUCCUGCCUUCUUAGCCAUCAUCUCUCAGCUGAAAGGAAUUCUGCAAAAUGGAGAACUUGAGCUCAAGACUCUUGCUUCUAUGUCCUUGCUUAACUUCAGUAAAAUAUCAGAAUACAGAACACUUUUGAAGAUUAUGGCAGAAGAUAUUGCUCCCCUUCUUCAUGGACUAGUUGAUGUAAUAUGGACUGCAAAGAAACUGCAUGCCAUUGUGUGUAGGGAGAAUCUUUAGUAUAUCUUAAUUUGCCUCCUCAUUUUGGAGUUCCAAUUUUGAUGGCAUAGACUGUUGGAUAAAGUAAAUGCUAAUUUCAACAUUGUAAAUUCUUUUCUAAAUAAAAAAAAAAUGUAUAUUGAUCUCAUCAAACCUCCUUAAGUUUUAUCAGGAUGAAUAAUUGCAAAAUCUUUGUCAUUGUUCAACUUUAUAAUAAGUUUCUAAAAGGUUAUGAUACCGUGGAAUUAAGAAGGUGCAUCCUACAUGGUUAAGAGA